AUGCCCCAGACGGUAGGCAAGUACGAUGGGUUAGGUGAUCCAGACGAUCAUCUCAACCUAUUCAAAAGUGCAGGAGAAGUAGCCUGUUGGCCCAUGCCCCUUUGGUGCAAGAUGUUUGUCCAAACUCUGGUAGGCGCAGCUCGUGUUUGGUGGGACAGCCUGCCUACGGGGGAAAUUGACAGUUUCGAAGAUCUAGAGGCAAAGUUCAUCUUGCAAUUCAGCCAGCAACGCAGACACACAAAAGAUCGGAAUGAGCUUCUCCACAUCCACCGGCGAGACAACGAAACGGUGGAGAAUUUCAUCGUUAGGUUCAAUAAGGAAAGCCUGGCAAUUCCAGGCAUUACAAACGAUCUUGCAUGUGGAGCUUUCCUAUAA